ACAGAUCAGAUCUCAUCUCUUCAUUCUCAAAAAAAUAAAUAAAAAAAAUCUUGUUCCACCUCAACAGUACAAUAAUGGCGAAAGUUGCAGGACUAUUGAACCUUCUUGUUGUGGUUUCCGCGGUUCUAUUCUUGGCAGGCUACUGUGCGGCGCAAGAGGCGGCGGCGUCAGGGGGGAAAACAGAGGUGAGUGACGUGAAGAGCAACGCGGAGGUUCAAAAUCUGGGGAGGAAAGCCGUAAUGGAGUUCAACAAGCGGCUGAAUGUGAAGGUGAAUCCUGAGAACAAUGCGAAGAGGCUGGUGUUCACGGAGGUGAUCAAGGCAGAGAAGCAGGUGGUGGCCGGAGAGAAGUACUUCCUCACCAUCAAGGCCACCUCCGAAGAUGGCCAGACCAAGACGUACGAAUCCGAGAUGUGGGUCAAGCCCGGUGAUGAGACUGUUCAUGAGAUGCUCAACUUUGCACCCGCCGCCGCCGCAUAAAAUUGAUAUUUUUUUUUUCUGGUCAGUCCGUCGCGCCGUGGCGUGGCGGAUGGUAUUUUGUGAUACAUGCAUGCAUGCGUAGUAGGUAGUGUAGUAGUCCCCGGCCGGCAGGGACGGAGCUACAUGUAUUGUGAAGGGGGCCGUGGCCCCCCCCACCCAACCCAAUAGAUUUUACUAUUAUAAUACAUGGUUUUUUUUAAAGUUAUUAUAAUACAUGUUUUGGCCCCCCUCCUUAAAACAUUUGUCCAUUUCUUACCUCGAGCCUCCCAAUAAUUCAGCAAAUUCUUAUUUAUAUUAUUAUAUAUUUGUGGUAUUGGGUCCCUUAUGUGGCAUUUAUUAUAUUCAAAUGCCGUUUGGGAGACAACAAUGUAUGAGGAAUGCCACACUUUUUUACAAUAAUUUCCACUCUCAUUCUCUUUUUCAAGACCCACUUGUAUUUUUUUUCAGAUUUUUUUGAAAGUCGUAGUUUUUUUUUUUUCAAAUUAAAGACCCACUUGUAUCUUCAACUCUCAAUUUUAUUAAUUUUAUUUGGCAGUAGGCUGCAAGCAGAAAAUGAGGAGAAACACCAUUUUUCUUCUUUCUUUCGCUCGGCAAGAACAAAGAAAACCAUCUUCCUUUUGCUUCAUUCUCCAUUUUUUUGUCAGAGUUCAUUUUUUCCUUGCUUCAUUCUCCAUUUGUUUGUCAGAGCUCAUUUUUUCCUUGCUCCGCCGUGGAUUUGUUAAGUUCGUGGGUGCUGUCUUCAUAAAAUAUUUUGAAGGUCAAUUUGUAUUUAUUACAAGCAUUUUU